CACAAUAGUCAAUUUGUCAACUGUCAAGUUAUGAAGUUACACUUCAAAUAAUAACCGAUGGUAACCGGGUAUCAGAAAUUUUGUAAAAAUACAAAGUGGUUUUAUACAGUUUAAAUAAGUUCAUGUUCUUUUGAAAAUGGGUGACCAUGAGGAGUUUGAGGAUAACCAAUAUCCCGAUAACAACGACUACGUACCGUAUGUGACCGCAGCUAACCUAGGACAAAAAGUUGGCGCGAAAGUUUGCCUUUGGGGAAGAGUUACAAAAGUUACUGCCACCGAGACCUUUCAUGUUAAAACAGUUGAUGAUCAAGAAGUGCUUAUAAAAUUACAGAAGCCCAUUAGCGAACCACUGGAAGGAUGGUACGAAAUUUAUGGAACAUCUCAAGGAAGGUCUGUUAUUUGUGAAGAGUAUGUGCCAUUUUCUGAAGAUAUGACUAAAAACAUCGAUAUCGAAGGUCAUAAAAAUCUUGCUAAACUUCUAUUCGCACUUGAUGAUCCAUGGAAUAUAGGUGAAAAUGAAUAAAACAUGCUGUCUCUUAAAAAUCACAAUACAUUUAUUAUACUUUUAAGGCAAAUACCAUAAGAAGUAAAGUUAAAUAAAUUUUUAUAUUUAUCA